CUCUGCAAUUUAAAAAAUGAGAGUCGAAAAACUCCAUAGAGCUGGCUGUUUACUUUCAGGAUUUAAUCCAAAAAUUUGAUUUUUUUUACUUCCUCUUUUGAUAGAAGAUUCAACAUUCGCAUUUCAGCUUGAAAUUUUCUUGCCUUUCAGAAAAUCAAUCUCAAUGGACUCAUUCUACAAAGAAAGCAACAAACUGAACGUCCUGAACAGCAACAUUCCGAAGCUGAUGAUUCCAGCAAGAAUCCGUGCCAACUACUAUUCAUCACCAGAGAACCUCAUAAAGUACCUGCGCUCCAAUUCUCUGUCCAGUAGUGGUAACAGCUCUUCCGGGAAAAGCAGCUUCAGAUCAUCACUUUCGCCACAGUCGGAUAAGACACCAGUGAACGUGGUGGAGGAGGAUGUGCUUGUCAUGGACGGAGUUCUUGUCGCUUCUGAUACCAAUAUUGUAGGACCCGGUUCUCCUUCUUCGGGAAGUGUUGGUUUUUACAAAUCAGAGGUUUGCAGGGCUUGGGAGGAGUUUGGCCAUUGCCGGUUCGGAUCCAGGUGUCAGUUCAUGCAUGGAAAGGAAGAGGAACGUCCCACUUGUUUCCCAUUCAGGAGCAAAUCUGAGGCACAGAUGUACAAGUCAUAUGCAAGCACUAUAUCAGGCACAUAUGGCUCAAAAUCCCGCCUUCUGCAUCCAGUCAUAGAAACAGCAGCAACCACAGCCCAAAGGGACACGUCUACCAGACCUCAUUACACAAGCCAAAGCUCCACCGACCCCAUCAAACCUGAAGAGACAAUCAUCCACUCCAUUUCCACCGCCCAACUUGAAAAUACCCACUUGACUGCUAACUUCACUAUGAAACCUAUGACCAACAAGACCUCCACCUCCAUAAUCAGAGCUGAUGCUGGUGCCACCACUUUCACCAAUGGGACCUACUGGUCACCUCAAGAUGAUGGCAUUGAUGUUACCCUGCCAUCCCUUCCUGGCAAAACCCCAUCAAGGGAGGACGUCCACGCAUAUAUUGACGGUGUUCUCUAUGGUCCUGCUACAAAGAGGAGGUUGCCUGUGUUUUCUGCCAUUUGUCCGGAGUAAUAAUCUCACAUACGCUUGGAAAAAAAUCCUCUGAUUCUCAACUUUGGAUCAAGGUAAAAUCAAUAUUUUCUUGCUGCUUGUACCGAACUAUAAAACUUUUGGUUAGCUUUAAUCCUCCCCACUCACUGGGCCAAAAAGUCUUCCCACUCUCAGCCAUCUUACUGCACAAUGUUGACAAGAACCAUAAAACAAUUUUCAAUGUACAUUUAUGAGGCUCUGCAUAUAUACCAGUUACUGUAGAAAUUACAAUCCAAAUCCACAAAUAGAUUUGGAUGGUUUGCAGGGUCAAGGAUUUAAUGUUGGUUUUCUAAUUUUCAGUUCAUCAUAUUGCACUC